AUGCCGAGCCAAAAGCUCCCGUUUCAUAUCGCCAUCGUGGGUGGUGGCAUUGGUGGCCUUUGUGCUGCGCUGUCGAUCCACCACCACUGCCCCAAGGACGGCAGUGUGGUGAUAGAUGUGUACGAACAAGCACCGGAGUACAAGGAAAUUGGCGCUGGCCUGGGCAUAGGGGUGAAUGCAGCCAAGCUCCUUCACCGCAUUGGCGUGGGGGAAGACCUCAACAAGAUCUCUGGCCAUCGCAAUGGCAUCUGGAUCUCAUUCCGCCGCUAUGACACGGGGAGCGAGAUUGUUACGGUCCCAGUUGACGACCGACAGGAGAUUAGACAAAGUCCCGUCCAUCGAGCAGAGUUCUUGGCUCUCCUAUUUGACCACGUGAAGAAACGCAACGCAGCUACUUUACAUAUCAACAAGAAGUGCAUCGAGCUCAAGGACCAAGGGAACUUCGUGGAACUCUGCUUCGCGGAUGGUACCACCGCCACAGCGGAUUUGGUUGUUGGGUGUGACGGAAUCCAUUCCAAUAUCCGCUCCCAGUUUCGCUCCGACAACCCCAGGUACAGCGGCCGCAUGUGCUACCGAGGGCUUGUCCCGAUCAAAGAUCUCGAGUCCUGGUGGCCCUUUCCAUCAUACUCAAUCAGCUGGCUGGGUCCGGAUAAACACUUUUUGGCGUUUCCCAUCAGCAGAAACACCAUUCUCAACAUCGUUGCCUUUGUCUACUCCGAUGAUGAUCGCACCAAGGAAAGUUGGACGGCCACUGGCCACCGAAGCGAGGUUCAGAAGGAAUUCGAAUCUUUCGACGCUACCGUCCGCAAAACAAUUUCUUUCAUGAAUGAGAACCCGUCCAAGUGGAUUCUGAACGACCGAGAGCUUCUCGACCAAUGGGUUUACGGGAACGGCAAAAUAGUCUUGAUGGGAGACGCAGCGCAUGCGAUGCUUCCACAUCAAGGAGCUGGCGCUGGUCAAGCCAUUGAAGAUGGCUAUAUUUUGGGUCGAGCCAUAGCCGACUACCUGACCACGUCUUCGUCUUCAGAGAGAGAGACGCAGCCACUUGAGAAGUGGAUGCAGCUGUAUCAGGAUGUUCGUCUUCCUCGCGCCCAAAAGGCUCAGGCAACGGCUCGACAAGCCGGUCAAGUCUACGAAAUGCAGACGCCGGAAAUGAAGGGAAAGGCCUAUGAGGACUGUCUCCCGCUUGUGCGAGACAGCCUGAAGGACCAACGCCGCGUACGCAACUUUGAAGAUGUUCACCGGGACGCGAACAAGUAUCACCAGAAUCAGCCGCAAUCUCAACCUACCGUCCAGACCGUCUCUCCCGUUCCGUCGACGAGCCAGCAUGAGGCGACGCGAAUGGCGCCCAUACAGCGACCUACACGACCAUCUGGGUGGUCAUCUGCUCACAACCAGCAGCUGCGUCCUAAUAUUCUUCCAACAACUCCAGACAUCUUUCUCAGCGGCAAAGCCGGCGAGUCUUUUACGCAGUUGAUACUCAAUGCCAUGAAUAACCCAUCCGUCAAGCUCGAUUCUCAGUCCUUUUCAUCCCCUCGAGACUAUUCCGUUGACGUCCGGAGCUCCGAGAACCUCUUUUCUCCGCCUGCCAAUGCCCGAGAAUUUCUCCAGGUCUACUUCGACUUUCACCAUGAGCUAACCCCCAUCUUCCACGUUCCCUCCAUCAUGGCCGAAUUCGAACAAAUUCUCAGUACUCGCGUUUCCUCUGCAAACAGCCAUCAUGUGUACAUUCUGGCCAUCCUCAACAUGAUUUGUGCGCUGGCCGCGGCUCACAGUCGACAACGACAUGGUGAUUCCGACACCACGUCUCGCAAAUACUACAACACAGCCAUGCAGCUGAUGCAGCCAAAUCUCUUGUCCGACUGGAAAAUUGAAAAGGUCCAGGCCCUGCUUCUCGGUGCGCGAUAUUUACAAAGCUCCAGCUACAGCGACGAAUGUUGGACGGUGCUGGGCGUUGCCAUCCGCAUUGCCUAUGACCUCGAGCUACACCGGCCGCCGGAUCCUGAGCAGUUCGACUGCAUAGAGCAGGAAGUCCGUAAGCGUGUAUGGUAUGCAUGUUUUGGCCUCGACAAGUUGCUCAGCAUGAUAUACGGCCGGCCUGCUGCUACCUCGACGGCGACCUUCUUAACCCCCCUUCCUGAGGACUUGGACGACGAUUGCAUUCGACCAAAUCGGCUGCUGUUCCCCUCUGUCCAAACCACCUCCAGCAUGUCCUUCUUCCUGCAGGUCUCGAAAUUAUACCGCAUUCUUGAAUCAACAACAGUGCUAGGUGAUCAGCCAGCGUUGGCAGAUCUGGUCAGGCUGGACGAAGAAUUCGAGAGCUGGCAAGCCGAGGUCCCCAAUAGGCUACGGAUUCGCGAAGCUGGCUUACGAAGAAACGAAACAGCACUCAUUCUGGCGCUUCGAGCCAACAUGGUGUGCAUCCUAAUUCACAGACAGUCACUAGUAUCUGGCCUCAGCGCUCUGUCCUCAAUGCCAUCUUCAACUGCAAUACCCGCCACAAAGGGGUGGGAAGGGGGUCGACUACGGACAAGCAUGCUGCAGCGGAGCCGGGAGAUCUGUGUGAGCACAGCGGAAGAAACGGUUCGGUUGGUGGCCGAACGACAUGAACAGACCAAGAGCGCAAUGGGCCCAAGCUGGUUCAACUUGUACUAUCUGUUUACGUCUAUCCUCAUUAUUGUAUCUCAUGUCGUUGAUCCUGACUUUCAGGACGACCGAAGCGCACUGAUGCAUCUCGACCAGGCCGUAAACAUGAUUCGACAGAUUUACUUGGACUACUAG